AUGAGACAAUUUAUUGUCCCGACAGCCGCGUUCGUCAACGCGCUGGGCGCACUUGCGAUCGUCGCUUGCAACCACGAGCACCAGAGCGACAAGCACGUUCCUGGUGAAGAUGUCGCCAAGACUAUUCGCCAUUUCCUUGAAGGACCCGGAUUCGAACUAUGCAACGAUCUUCCGUUCGCCAAUGCGAGUGAGGUUUUGUACUAUGAAUCGCCGCAUUACACCUUCCAGAUCGAUCGCCAGGAGCACACCGAUUCGGUUGGGAACUGCAGGGCGGCUUUUCAAUCUAUCUUGAACGAAUGUGUUAUUGGCGAGAACGUGCUUGGUGGUGAUGCAUAUGUCAAUGAUAUUGGCUAUGAGAUCUACCACACUGACUUACGUGAGCGUGAUAUCGUAGGGGGAGGGGAACUAGACGGGUGGAUGGAGAAUCUUGAAGGCCGCAGUGUUGACGAUGGUGGUGAUGAUGACGACGACAACGACGAAUAUGAAGAGAAUGAUGAUGAUAAUGAUGAUGAUGGAGAAGACGAGGAAGGUCUUGAGCGCCGGGACCUUGACGAGAAUCGUGCUGCUGAUUUGGAAAUUGGCGACGAAGAGGACCUCGAAAGUCGUAGCCUGGCUGCCCGCAAGAGUCGAGGUGGAAGCAGACGUACCAGAACCAGGCCCAGUAGGCCCAAGAAGAAGCCAGCCAAAAAGCCGAAGAAGAAACCAGCAAAGAAACCAGCAAAGAAACCAGCAAAGAAACCAGCAAAGAAACCUGCGAAGAAGCCUGGUAAAAAGCCGGCUAAAAAACCAACCAAGUGCCCCUCUGAGAAGAAGACUAAGCCUGGAAAGGGGGGUAAGGUCCAGCCGCUUGCGCCAGCUGGCAAGACGCCUAGUGGUAAGAAGCAGCCUGCAGCCUGCCAACGUGAGGACAAACUCGAUUGCAAGAAGAUUCUCAGGAAGGCGAAGGCAAAGAAUGCCAGAGAGAAUGCCAAGAGCAAGUUACUUUCCCGAGAUGUCGACGCUCCCCAGGGCCUCGUAGACAGCUUGAUACACUCUUUGACUAGGCGAGGUUCUAAGCCCGGUACGGCAUGCAAUGAGGGAGCGAACACGUUCAACGCACGAUCAUAUCCAAGUGAUGCCAACGCGCGCGCACUGGCGAACGCUCGCGUUUUUGGUUGGCAGCAUCCACAGCAGUGCCAAAACAUGGCAUGGGGGCAUACGCCUGCUUUCCGCAAAGUUCCUACAGCGCUCGGCGGCGACUACGAAGUAGAACACAUACUAGAAUGGCAGAUGGUCACCAAAUUCUUCGAAUGGCUUGACGAAGAAGAAUUUGGCGGUCAGGCCCAGUUCACGGAUCCGGAUCCAGCCCAAAAUGGUGCGAAGAUUGACUUUUGCACAUACUGGAAGAAGACUUGGACACCGAAAUUCACUAUCCCUGUCAAUGGAAACCGCCGUCUAAAUGCAAAAAAACAUCUUGCGUGGAGAUAUCCUGGUGUUGAUUUCAGGAAUGAGUUUGUGUGGCUGCAGGAAGACAUCAACGCACCAGCGAAGCAACAGAUGUGGACUCGCAAAACUACAAAUCAAAUCUACGAUCUUACUGAGGCUCGCAGAUCAAUUAACCGUAACCAGAACGAUGCCGCCGUCGAAGCCAUCCGAGUCAAGGCACUUCUCGGUGCUCAGAAGUACCAUAAGAACCCACUGGUCAAGCAGUACUUCGUCGCGCAAGUGCAGCGAAUCAGGGAUGCGCUCGAUGAAAUCGAUCAAGCUCUACCCAACCACCCACCUGCAGCUGGGCAUACUGCAUGGCAGCGACAAGGCCUUCGUAAUCUCUGGAUUAAGUACAUGAAUGAGGCCUUUACUCUUGCGAAGAGCCGAACAGACAACACUAUGAACACAAUGCUAAAUGCGCUCGAGAACAAGUGGAUUAAGCGCGCCAAUACACCAAAGAAUGAUAACUUCAAGCGAACCAUCAGAGCACUGAGGACAGAGUGGAGGAAGGAGAAGCGGUCAGGAUGGACCCGUCCUAAUUGGUAA